AUGUUCAUUCUCACGACUUUCACCGACUUGGUACAAAUCCUGCCCAGUCAAUUUCAUAUGAAGAACCGCGAUGUCAUCGAGGACAAGCUCAAUGAGAAAUACGCCAACAAGGUCUUCCAGAAGGUCGGACUCUGUAUCUGUCUCUACGACAUCCUGAAGGCAUCCGACGGUGUGACGGGCUAUGGCACGGGCAAUGCAAACGUCAAUGUUGAGUUCAGAAUGAUCGUGUUUCGCCCGUUCAAAGGCGAGAUCAUUCACGGCAUCAUCAGAACAUGCACUCCAAAUGGCAUUCAGAUAACGACCGACUUCUUUCAAGACAUCUAUGUCCCCAGAACAAUGCUGUUCGACGAGUGCGUCUACGAUGACACAGAGCAGGUAUGGAUCUGGCGGCUCGAAGGCAGCGACAUCUACUUUGAUCAAGGCACGGUAGUGAAGUUGAGAGUGGAGAAGGAGAACUGGAACAGUCUAACAGGUGUUGUUACGGCAGUUGCUACAGACAACGCCGAUAUUCGGGCGAUGGCAACGGCGCCGUACAGUAUCGAGGGCAGCAUGGCUGAGCCGGGACUGGGAGGCGUCGAUUGGUGUGCAAUGACACUCUCACCGCGACCUCUCAAGCCGCAUGAGCGCAUCCUCACAAACGAAGACGGCUGCAUAGACACCCCCGUACGGCCAGCUUCACCAGUCCACAACUUCGGUACGCUUGCCGUACAUGCUGGUUCACAUCACGACCCCGCUACUGGCGCAGUUAUAGAAGCUAUCAGCUUGUCAACUACCUUCGCUCAGACGGCAGUGGGAAAGCCAGUCGGCGCAUAUGAAUACUCAAGAUCUUCAAACCCGAAUCGAGACAACUUCGAAGAAGCCAUAGCGGCAUUAGAGCAUGCAAGAUAUGCGCUGGCGUUUUCGUCUGGCAGUGCUACCACAGCCAAUAUCCUUCAGUCUCUGGCUUCGGGCUCACAUGUGAUUUCUGUUAGCGAUGUCUAUGGUGGAACCCAUCGAUAUUUCACACAGGUCGCGUUGGCACAUGGUGUCGAGGUCACAUUCUCUCCUAGUAUCGAGCUGGACGUGAGCGAGCUGAUCAGACCGACCACGAAGCUGAUCUGGAUCGAAUCACCAUCAAACCCAACGCUAUCACUUGUUGACAUCCGCGCCAUCGCCACUAUCGCCCACCAGCACGGCAUUCUGGUCGUAGUCGACAACACCUUCCUCAGCAGCUACGUCCAAACACCACUUGACCACGGCGCCGAUAUCGUAGUCCACAGCGUCACGAAAUCGCUCGCCGGCCACUCCGAUGUAGUCAUGGGCGUCGCAGCCUUUAACUCCGACGAGCUCAAACAACGCCUCACCUUUCUGCAGAACGCCAUCGGCGCCGUCCCCUCUCCAUUCGACUGCUGGCUCGCCCACCGCGGCCUCAAGACUCUGCACCUCCGUGCCCGCCAACAGUCUCUAAACGCCCUGUCCGUAGCCCGAGCCCUCGAAGCAUCCCCACACGUCAUCGCAGUCAACUAUCCCGGUCUCGACUCACACAAGCAGCGUAAGAUCGCCCUGAAGCAGCACCGCGACGGCCUCGGCGGCGGUGUAUUGAGCUUCAGGGUCAAAGGCGGCCAUCAAGCCGCGGAACUGUUCUGCCAGAGCACGAAACUCUUCGUGCUGGCGGAGAGUCUGGGUGGCGUGGAGUCGCUAUGUGAGAUUCCUUCCGCGAUGACGCAUGCUGGUAUUCCGAAGGAGAGUCGCGAAGCGAUUGGCAUCUUCGAUGAUCUGGUGAGGUUGUCGUGUGGCGUCGAAGACGCGGAGGAUCUGGUGAGAGAUGUGAAGGAUGCGCUGGCGGCGGCGGUUGUGGGCCCGAAAAUCACGAACGGAUUGAAGACCAAUGGGGCCAAGAAUGGGGAUGCCGGCGGGGAUUCGACACCGAGAUAG